AUAUCGAACCCGUUCUCGCGUAUAAAAAUCCUGAGUGCCAGCAUCCGGAAACCUCAACUGUCAGUACUUGGUCUCUGUGUCCCAUUUUUCAUGGAUGAAAUCCUGGUGGGUCUUUCAGCUACAGAACCUCAGCUCCCACCACUUCCCCUCCUGCGCUUCCUCUCUAAUCUCCGCCUUCAAAACCAAGCUCCACCGGAACCCGGAUUCACAAACAACGGCAACAUUGGUCCUCAACAAUGUCGACAUAAGCCUGCUCCUCUCUCUUUGUGGAAAAGAUCGCAACUUUCAGCUGGGUUCUUCCCUCCACGCCUCUCUCAUCAAGAACCCUGAAUUCUUUCACCCUGAGAAUCACGAUGAUCACCGCAAUGCCCUUGUUGUUUGGAAUUCUUUGCUAUCAAUGUACUUAAAAUGUGGUAAAUUACGGAAUGCAGUCCAACUGUUUGAUGAUAUGCGCGUGAGAGAUACGGUCUCUUGGAAUACGAUGAUAUCUGGGUUUUUGAGGAAUGGGGAGCUGGAUUAUGGUUUUGGCUACUUCAAGCAAAUGUGUGGAUUGGGUUGUUAUCGAUUUGAUAAAGCGACUUUGACUUCAAUCUUAGCAGCUUUUGAUGGGCCGGAGUUUUGUCACUUGAAUAAGAUGAUGCAUGGUUUGGUGGUUUUGAACGGAUUUGAGCGGGAAACUGCUGUGGGGAAUGCUUUGAUCACAUCGUAUUGUAAAUGUGGGUGUUUUCUGUCCGGAAGACGGGUGUUUGAUGAGAUGUUUGAGAGGAAUGUGAUUACAUGGACUGCGAUGAUUUCGGGCCUUGCACAGAAUGAAUACUAUGUUGAAAGUUUGGAGUUGUUUUUGGAGAUGCGUGGUGGAGUGGUGGAUCCAAAUUCUAUGACUUAUUUGGGAUUACUCAUGGCAUGUUCUGGUUUGCAGGCAAUAAGUGUAGGGCGGCAAAUUCAUGGACUUGCAUGGAAAUUGGGAAUUCAAUCCGAGUUGUGCAUUGAGAGUGCACUAAUGGACAUGUAUUCAAAAUGUGGUAGUGUGGAAGAUGCGUGGAAAAUUUUUGAAUCCACGGAAGAACUUGAUGAGAUUUCUAUGACUGUUAUCCUGGUGGGAUUUGCACAAAAUGGGUUUGAGGAUGAAGCAAUCCAUAUUUUUGUGAAAAUGAUAAAGGCAGGAAUUGACAUUGACCCAAACAUGGUUUCAGCAGUUCUUGGCGUAUUUGGUGUUGAUACUUCUUUAGGUCUAGGGAAGCAGCUCCACUCUUUAAUUGUCAAGAAGAAUUUUGGUUCAAACUCUUUUGUCGGCAAUGGGCUUAUAAAUAUGUACUCCAAGUGUGGAGAGUUGGAGGAUUCAGUCAAAGUGUUCAGUCGGAUGCCUCAAAGGAACUCAAUUUCUUGGAAUUCCAUGAUUGCAGCUUUUGCCCGUCAUGGAGAUGGCUCAAAAGCAUUACAGUUGUAUGAAAAGAUGAAUAUGGAAGGUGUACAACCAACAGAUGUUACAUUUCUGUCUCUGCUUCAUGCUUGUAGCCAUGUUGGUUUCGUUGAAAGGGGCAUGGAGUUCCUGAAAUCCAUGAAUGAAGAUCAUGGGAUGAGUCCGAGGCCAGAACACUAUGCUUGUGUUGUCGACAUGUUAGGUCGGGCAGGACAUCUCACUGAGGCCAAAAGUUUUAUUGAAAAGCUGCCAGAGAAUCCUGGUGUACUUGUUUGGCAAGCAUUGCUUGGUGCUUGUUGCAUUCACGGCGAUUCAGAGAUUGGCAAAUAUGCUGCGGACCAGUUGUUAUUGGCAGCACCUGAGACACCAGCACCAUAUGUUUUGCUUGCCAAUAUAUAUUCUUCUGAAGGAAGGUGGAAAGAGAGAGCAAGGACUAUUAAGGGGAUGAAGGAGAUGGGGGUGACAAAAGAAACGGGUAUUAGUUGGAUCGAGAUUGAAAAGAAAGUUCAGAGCUUUGUUGUUGGGGAUAGGAUGCAUCCACAAGCAGAGCCCAUUUAUAGGGUUUUAGGCGAACUGUUUAGACUGAUGACAGAUGAAGGGUAUGUACCAGAUGAAAGGUUUAUACUGUACUAUUUGGAUCAAGAUGAAAAGAUAUGAGAGCCGAUUCUUUGUUACAUUCUUAACGAAAUGAAGACAUAUAAGAAUGAUUUAGCCGUUAAAACUCGUAACCGCCAGAAAUUCACAGUGAAGAACUGCAGAGAGGAUGCUCCUCCUCUCUCCGCCACUUCCACCGCUUGCACUAUCCUCGGUGUCCAGCCUUCCUGCUCCGCCGCCGAGCUCAAAGCCGCCUUCCGCGCCAAAGUGAAGCAGUUUCAUCCAGAUGUAAAUAGGGACGGGAAAGAUGCUGAUAUGAUGAUUCGCCGUGUAAUUCAGGCCUAUGAGAUGUUAUCGAGUUACAGCCGAUCGGAGAUAAUCGAAAGGGAAUGUGUAGAUCCCUUUGAUAAUCCAGAAUGUGAAGCGUUUGAUGUUUUUGUUAACGAGGUUCUUUGUGUGGGAAAAGGUUGUCCAUAUUCUUGUGUACAAAGAGCCCCUCAUGCCUUCACUUAUGCUGCAACUGGGACUGCAAGAGCUACAUCUCAUGGAUUUGGGGAUGAUUACCAAGUUCAGCUUGCAGUUGGUCAGUGCCCGAGAAGUUGCAUUCAUUAUGUUACUCCAUCACAGAGAAUUAUUUUGGAGGAGUUACUUGACAGUAUCAUCAACACACCGUAUGAUAGUUCGCCAGAGGCAGAUUUGCUCUACUCGCUUACAGUCAAAGCCAUGUUUGAGAACAACCGGUAUCAGAAACCGAAGAAGCAGCCAAAAGCUUCGACACAGCAUGUUGAUUGGUUUUGAUUUGUGGAAUCAAUGCCACUGUAUAGGAGGAAGAAACUGAGAGCAGAAAUGUCGAUUAGGGUUGCCUGUAAAUUACAUCGUUAAAGCUACUGUACUCGAGAAUAUCUAUGCCAGAACUCGGUUUCAGUAAUACGAAAAUGUGAAGUUUUCUGUCUUU